AUGUCAGACCGCAAGGAUUCCCCCACCAAAGAAGCCUUCAUAGGGAACACUUCAAGCUCCAGCGGAAACGACUUCUCCCGACCAAAAACCGCCGCAAAUGGACUGGAGUCUUACCGCAGCCAGCUGUUCUCUGACCUUGAUUCACUCGACACGGUCCCUGAUAACCGUGGGAAAUGGCAGAAGUUCAAGGAUUCAUUCAAGCCUAUGAAUCUCAACGAAGACGAUGGUAUCGACUUGUCGGAGUUGUCAGAGAUGGAAAAGGCCGUCUACGCUACCGCCAAGCACCCCUUGCAGAGGUCCUUGAAGAACAGACACUUGCAGAUGAUCGCCAUCGGUGGUUCCAUCGGUACCGGUUUGUUCAUUGGUUUGGGCUACGCCCUUUCUCAGGCCGGCCCUGCAGGGACGUUGAUUGGCUUCACGCUUGUUGGCUCUUCCUUGUACUGUGUGGUCCAGGCGUUAGGUGAAAUGGCCACCUGUUUCCCAGUCUCUGGUGCCUUCUCUGCCUUUUGUUCUCGUUUCAUCGAUCCUUCCAUCGGUUUCGUCAUUGGUAUCACCUACGCCUUGUCGUGGUUGAUUUCCUUACCGUCAGAGAUCAUUGCGUGUGCCAUCACCAUUCAGUUUUGGAACAGUUCGAUUGAUCCGGUCGCCUGGGUCGCCAUCUUCUUUGUGGCUAUCGUGAUUAUCAACUUCUUCGGUGUCAGGGGCUACGGUGAGGCGGAGUUUGUGUUCUCAAUGAUCAAGGUGGUCGCGGUGGUGGGCUUCAUCAUCGUUGGGAUUGUCAUUAUCUGUGGCGGUGGCCCUCAGGGUGGGUACAUUGGUGGUAAGUAUUGGCACAAUCCCGGUGCCUUUCACCACGGGUUUAAGGGUGUGUGUUCCUCUUUCAUCAGUGCUGCCUUCAGUUUUGGUGGUACCGAGAUGGCUGGUCUUGCCGCUGCCGAAACCCGCAACCCACGUGUCGCGGUUCCUAAGGCCACCAAACAGGUUUUCUGGAGAAUUACCAUUUUCUACGUGGUGGCCGUCAUUAUUGUUGGCUGUUUGGUUCCUUACACCGACAAUCAGUUAUUGAGCGGGACCACGAGUGAAGACAUUGCCGCUUCUCCCUUUGUUAUUGCCAUCAACAAUAGUGGGAUUAAGGUGCUUCCACAUAUCAUGAAUGCGGUUAUCUUGAUCUCCGUGUUGUCUGUGGGUAACUCCUCUGUGUACGGUUGCUCCAGAACCUUGGCUGCGUUGGCGGUGCAGGGGCAGUUGCCAAAGAUCGUGGGCUAUAUUGACAGAGCUGGGAGACCUUUAGUGGCGAUUAUCAUUACGGAUACUUUCGGGCUACUCUGUUUCCUUGUGGCUUCCGGAAACAGUGACACGGUCUUUACUUGGUUUUUUUCAGUCUGCUCCCUUGCUUCUUUCUUUACCUGGGGUAUGAUUUGCUUGUCCCACAUUCGCUUCAGACGUGCGCUUUACGUCCAGAACAGAGGGUUGGAAGAGGUUCCGUUCAAAGCCCAGCUUGGGGUUUGGGGGUCGUACUACGGCCUUUUGAUCAACUUUUUACUCAUUAUGGGUGAAAUUUGGAUCUCCGUCUAUCCCGUCGGGUCCAGCUCGGCCUCCGUUACUACCUUUUUCCAGAACUGUUUGUCGUUGCCUUUGGUAAUUGUUCUUUAUGCAGGUAUGAAGACCUACAAGGGGCAGUGGAGCUUUUUCUACAUCAAGGCUAAGGAUAUGGAUAUUGACACUGGUAGAAGGGAACUCGACAUUGAGGUGUUGAAGCAAGAGAUUGCCGAAGAGCGGAAUCGCUUGAAGAACUCUCCUUUGUACUACCGAAUCUACCUGUUCUGGUGUUAA